AUGUCGGCCAAGAGGGCAGAAGUGAAGAAAACAAACCUGAACAAGAACUACAAGGCGGUUUGCCUGAACCUGAAGCCAGAGGUGGUCCAAACAUAUGACUACAAAGGAGUUAAACACGAAGGUCUGUUCACCAAGACAGGGAUGACGCAGGAGCUGAAGGUCAAACUCAGAGAGGUGAGAGAAGAACUCAAGGAAAAAAUGGAGGAGAUAAAGCAGAUAAAGGAUAUAAUGGACAAGGAUUUUGAUAAGCUUCAUGAAUUCGUGGAAAUUAUGAAGGAAAUGCAGAAGGAUAUGGAUGAGAAGAUGGAUGUUUUAAUAAAUAUUCAGAAGAACAACAAACUUCCCCUCGGAAGAGGACCAAAGGAGCAACAGGAACUCGGGCUGAUAGGAAAGAUGGACGGAGACCCCCAGCUCAGACUCAAGAAAAUGGGUGGAGCUGAUGGAACCCCAUUGGCUCUUCACAAGAUGAUGGCACCAGAAAAACCAAAAAAAUACCUACUGGAUUCCCUUCAGCAAUGUAGGAACUGCUGCGAGAAAUGUUUGUUGUGUGCCCUAAAGACCAACUACAAUCAGGGCAGGAACCUGUCACGCCAGGCCUGGGCGCCCUUUUCACCCUUGGCAUCUGGAGCUGCCUUCUGA